GGCCGUGGCGGAGGCUGCGCGGCCGCUCGCAGUCGGGACACCGCGGCCGGGGCGCGGGCGGGGACACGCACGGGCGUGGCGCGGCGGGUCCUGCACGCCGGGCGGGCGCCACUCGCUUUCUGCUUCGCUCGGCCGAGGUAGCCGCGACGGAGUUACCCCCAGAGGCGCAGAUUUGUUCCGGGUUGGGUUUCAAGCCAAGAUACCCGAUUGCCCUGGUUACAGAUAAAGAGCCAGUGAAUGUAUGUCAAUGACAAUGGCGUCCUGUGCAUUAACAUCUCACAGCUGGGAGGCUUGACAAUUAAGGGACUCACGUGGACUUGUGGCACAUGGAAAUGUGUCAUUCCUUUCACACAGGAAGGCAUUCUUCCUCGCCAAAAUGGAUGCACUCUGCUCAGUUGUCAGGUUUGAAAAUCUCCAAGAAGUAAAGAGACUGUGUCACUGGGGCCCCAUUAUCGCGCUGGGCGUUAUAGCCAUAUGCUCCACCAUGGCCAUGAUUGACUCUGUGUUGUGGUAUUGGCCCUUACAUACCACCGGAGGAAGUGUGAAUUUCAUCAUGCUGAUAAACUGGACCGUCAUGAUUCUUUAUAAUUACUUCAAUGCCAUGUUUGUGGGGCCUGGCUUUGUCCCUCUGGGGUGGAAACCGGAAAACUCUCAGGAUAGUAUGUACCUCCAGUAUUGUAAAGUCUGCCAAGCGUACAAGGCACCGCGGUCCCAUCACUGCAGAAAGUGCAACAGAUGUGUGAUGAAGAUGGACCAUCACUGUCCUUGGAUCAACAACUGUUGUGGUUACCAAAAUCAUGCUUCCUUCACACUGUUUCUCCUUUUAGCCCCACUGGGGUGUAUUCAUGCUGCCUUCAUUUUUGUGAUGACUAUGUACUCACAGCUUUAUAAUCGGCUCUCCUUCGGGUGGAACACGGUGAAGAUCGACAUGAGCGCAGCCCGGAGAGACCCUCUUCCAAUCAUUCCAUUUGGAUUAGCUGCAUUCGCUGCUACCUUGUUUGCCUUGGGAUUAGCUUUAGGAACAACCAUAGCGGUUGGGAUGUUGUUUUUCAUCCAGAUGAAAAUUAUUCUCAAUAACAAAACCUCUAUUGAAUCAUGGAUUGAAGAGAAGGCUAAAGAUCGAAUUCAGUACUAUCAGCUAGAUGAAGUCUUUGUCUUUCCUUAUGAUAUGGGGAGCCGAUGGAAGAACUUUAAGCAGGUAUUUACGUGGUCUGGUGUCCCCGAAGGAGACGGUCUGGAGUGGCCCGUCAGAGAAGGCUGUCACCAGUAUAGCUUAACCAUAGAACAGUUGAAACAAAAAGCAGAUAAGAGAGUCAGAAGUGUUCGCUAUAAAGUCAUUGAGGAUUACAGUGGCGCCUGCUGUCCUUUGAACAAGGGACUCAAGACCUUCUUCACGAGCCCCUGCACUGAGGAGCCUCGCAUCAGGCUGCAGAAAGGGGAGUUCAUUUUAGCCACCAGAGGGUUACGACACUGGUUGUAUGGCGACAAAAUUCUUGAUGAUUCCUUUGUAGAAGGCAUGUCAAGAAUAAGAGGAUGGUUCCCUAGAAACUGUGUGGAAAAGUGUCCCUGUGAUGCUGAAACAGAUCAUGCUCCAGAGGGCGAAAAGAAAACCAGAUAGCUCCUGUCAAAGUAUACUUUUUCUUUAAUGAGUCUGCUCCAUUACUUGAAAUAGACGCCUAAAAAUUGCUAAAGAAUUAUGCAACGACCCUGCUCUGGUUGAGGUGUUCUUUUCCUCAGAGACACCCUUGUGCCAUGAUCUCAAUAUUUUCUUACCAUUUUGAAAUGGAGAAGCCAUUCAGCAUAUGCCUUUGGAUCCCCGCCCCUCUAGGCCACCUUUCCCCCCCAGAACCCCAGGAAAGGAAGAGCACUUCACCGCAGCCAGUCCGUUGCGUUUUCUCUAGGACCUCUUACUGCUGCACACUCUGGACCUCACCUGCAGGCGGAGUUCCCCCCUUCGGCCAAGAGCAUCUGCAUGUGAUGCUUCAAUCCGGUUUUCCCUCCUUUGUUGGUUGAGAUUUCUUACGUCAUGUACUAGAUACUAUAGAACCUAAUUGGUCAGAUUCAAAUAUAAGCUCAGAUUUUGUUACCAGUCUUAAUAAUGCAGAUUUUUGUCAAAUUGAAUAAAGA